CAUGUACAUACACACUAAUGGACUCUUUAUGUCUUUGCAGCACUGUGAGGUUCAUGGUGACUCUAGUGGUACCCUAGUGAUGAUUUCUUUUUUCUUUUCAUUGGUUCUUUAAUGAACCUCUUUCUUGUUGAACCUCUUAGAGAAAUAACCCACAGGAUUAUUGAACAUUUUACCAUCUUCCUGUAACAACACAGUGUCUACACCAUACGUUCUAGUGUCUUCAAGCUUACAGUCAGCACUGGAGCACAACAACAAAACUGCUCUGACUGAAUCAAACUUUUAGAACUCACUGCUCCAAACAAAUAGACAAGAAGGGCUUAUUAGGCAGUAAGAGGUGAUAUAGUGAUGGAACUGAAUGUGUUCUCUAUGUAUCCUUACCUGGAAACUGAAGCAUCAGGAUCAGGAGUAAAGACAUUUGAAUCCAUCUGAACUCAACCAUUGUUCUUCUCUGUCUCUCUCGUCCUCUUCUCUCCUCCUCACGUAGAUGAAUGACAGAGUCUAUAAAGAGGUUUCUACUUAUAGAUGAAUAUAACAUGUGCUCUGUUUGGUUUGUGAGGUCACUUCCUCAUCAUGUCUCCAGUCUGUGUUUUCUUAGCUCUGUCAUUUGUUGGAGAAAUUAACAAAAAUAAGUUUAAACCAUUGAAAUGUUGAAAGCAACAAAGUGUGAGGGCAGAGUUGAGGUUCUAACUUUUAUAUUUUCUCCAUUUUGCUGAUUCUCUUCUCGACCGUGUUUGACAGCGACGGUCGACAGUUUCUACGUCAUCAGUAGAACUGAGGAAGCUGAAUUUGUGAAAACUGUCAUACGUUGCUGUAAACAAUGUUUAUUCUAACCAACAAUGUUUUCAUUGUGAUGUUUGAAGGUAUGUGGAAGGAUGUACAUCCACAACAACCUACUAGUUUCUCUGGGUCAGUAAUUUUUAUCAUCACAUGUCACUCUUCAUCCAUGUGAAUCCUAUGUGUCUACAAAAGAACAUGGAUGUAUAUCACAGUCUCUUUGUGAUAGAAGUGGCAGUUUUCAUUUUGGUAAAGACUAUUUAUAUGUUAUAAAUGAAUAGUAAAGGUCACAGAGUCAAACCCUGCAUCACUGCCUUUUAUGCAAUGAGGAAGUUAGAAGCGUUACCUUCUUUCUGCACACACUAAAAAGAGACUAGCAGUCAAUAUGAGGAAGUGACAUCACAGAGCGUCAACGCUGUGUUUCUCUACAAGGAGAGCUAUUUUAGACAGUGAGACAUUUACAAGAAUGAGGAAGACGGAGAAAGACGGACAAGCAUGAUGGAUGAAUUCAAAUGGAUUAAACUGUUGUCACUGAUGAUACUGAUGCUUCAGUUUACAGCAGCAACUGGACAACAUACAUAUGACACUGUCAGAGUUGGACAUGACGUCACUUUGUCUUGUGAAAAUGUGAUCGAUGGACAGAAGAACUGUGACAGUACUACCUGGUUGUUUUAUGGUUUAAGAGACAGAUCAUUAGUAGAUCUGGUUGAACAUGGACAGAUCAAAUCUAAACCAGACAGACUGAGAGUUACAACAAACUGUUCUCUGGUUAUAAAGAAGGUCACAGAUGAUGAUGUUGGUCUUUACACCUGCAGACAGUUCAUACCAGGACAACAAGAAGCAGACUUUCAGGUUUAUCUGUCUGUUAUUACCAUGACUGAACGUGAGGACAAUAAAGUCGUCUUGUUCUGCACUGUGUUGGAUUAUGAUGCAUGUAGAUACAAAGUGGAGUGGCUGUAUGAGGGUAAAGAGGAAAUAUCAGACAUCGAGAUAUCAUCACCUUCUUGCUCUGCCACUGUGACAUUUACAUCAUCCCACCUUAAUCAGAGGAUUUAUGAGUUAUUGAAGUGUAAAGUGACAAAUGGUUACACUAAGAAAGUUCAGCUGUUUACCUUCAGCCCUCAGUCCUCAGGUGAAGAUGCAACAAAGAAGAAAGUGAAAUCAACAAUUAAACCAACAGCAACAAGUAAAAAAAUGACAACAUCAGUGAAACUCGCCUCAUCAGAACACACAAUCAACAACAAUCCAUCAGAUCAUCAAGGUUGGUCAUGGUGGUAUAUGAUUGUUCCUGUGGGUUUAUUAUUACUCUUGAUAUUUGUCAUCAUCAUCAUCAGAUGGAGGAAAACUAAAGGAAAGAAAACACAGAUGAAAGAAAACACUGAACUGAACUUAAACUCUGCAGAGACUCAGUCUGGUCCAGAAACCAGUCAGGACACGGUUCAACCUGAGGAUGGUGUUUGCUACGCCUCCAUCAGCUACACCAAGAAGACCAAGAGUAAAGCUAAAGCCGAGGAACGUGAUGAUGAUGAUGAUGAUGAUGAAGGUGGCUCUGUGGUCUACAGCACUGUGAAAGCUUCCUCCUCUUCUGCUGAUCCCAGAGACUUCUAUUCUACCAUCAACGAACUAAACAAAUAAGAGGUUAAAUCUGUUAAAUGGAACAUGAAAGCACCAAGAGGAACCUCACGUCCUCUCUUAUCUUAUAUUAUGUGUAAUAUAUCAUAUAUCCUAUAUCGUAUCAUAUUUAGUUUUUUUGUCUUAUGGUAUCAUAUCACAUCAUGUUGGAUCACAUUUUGUCAUAUGUUAUGUUGUGUAUAAUAUAUCUUAUCUUAUCUUAUCUUAUCUUAUCUUAUCUUAUCUUAUCUUAUCUUAUCUUAUCUUAAUACAUUCAGACAAACCAUCAUCAGAUCACCUUAGAGUUAGGGUUAGGUAGGUUUAGGGUUAUAAAGUAUCAGGUGUAUGAGACAUGGAUUCAUUGAGAGAGUAGAGACUCCCUCUAGUGGUGGAGAGUGUUCAUAGGGAGGUCAGACAGACUCUAUACUGUCCCCUUUAGACUUUGUCCUCACAUGGACAAAUUAUUUUAGCAUCUAUUUUAUAAAAUAGAUGCAAAUGUAUUUCCUUCUGUGGUUAUUUUCCAGUAUUUCGUGUUUUCAGACCUGCCACAUAUUCUGAUGUAAAUAAUGAUCUAAUACAUUUAAAUUAAAAUGUCUCCCUGUCGUAACA